AGAUACAAUAGCCUGAGAGCACUCAGCCAGGGCGGCCGCGGUGCAUGGGCAGGACAGCGAAUGAAUGAGGGACAGUGAUGGAUACGGACGUGUCCAGCCCCCUGCAGCCCCUCCCUGGAGGGCAGGGGGCAGGAGGGAAGCGGUGGGCAGCAGGGCCCCAGGGGAGCCGGACCCUACUGCCCAGCCCUCGGAGAAGGUGAGGGCGGGCCUCCUCCCCCGCCCUCCCUGGCCCGCUGGCUGAGCUCCCACCAGCCAGCCGCCGCUGCAUCAUCAAUAUUUCAUGGGCGUCAAUAAGAGGCAGCGGCAGCAGCGGGGACAGCGGCGGCAGCAGCAUUCUCGCCAGCGCUAGCCACAGCUCGCUGGAAGAGUCAGGCUCCCACUGCCCACCACCAUGGAUGUCUUCAAGAAGGGCUUCUCCAUUGCCAAGGAGGGUGUGGUGGGCGCCGUGGAGAAGACCAAGCAGGGGGUGACGGAAGCGGCUGAGAAGACCAAGGAGGGGGUCAUGUAUGUGGGGGCCAAGACCAAGGAGAAUGUUGUGCAGAGUGUGACCUCAGUGGCUGAGAAGACCAAGGAGCAGGCCAACGCUGUGAGUGAGGCCGUGGUCACCAGCGUCAACACAGUGGCCAUCAAGACAGUGGAGGAGGCGGAGAACAUCGCCGUCACCUCUGGAGUGGUUCGAAAGGAGGACCUGAAGCAACCGGCUCCCCCGCAGGAGGACAAGGCAGCCAAAGUGGAAGAGGAAGUGGCCGAGGAGACCAAGAGUGGAGGAGACUAGAGGGAUGCAAGUCGGCCAUGGAGGAGGAAGAGCCCUCUCCCCACCCGGCUUGAGGAUUGCCUAGCCCUGGAGCGUGACUUGGGUGGCCCAUGUUCCCGUAUUCGCGCCCGGCCACCCAUGGGGCCCGUGAAGCUGCCUUCACCUCCCUCACAUCCCUCCAUCACACCCUCUGCCCUCUGGUCCUCCUGACCCCACAGAUGCUGCUGUGAAUUUUUGUUUUUAAUGAUUCCAAAUAAAACUCAAGUCCUCA